AUGCCAGACACUUCAGUGCCCUCUCGUCUGACGCAGCUGCCACUAGGCGACGAGGCGCCACGGUACAGCACUUCCGAACUACGCGACUACUUCCAGCGCAUCCGUCUCCCCCAAAAAUAUCUGGACACACCCAUACUCUCAGACAAAACACUAGCCACAAGCAAAGAACACGGCCUCCCAUUCCUACAAGCUCUAACCCGACACCACACCAGCCACAUCCCCUUCGAGAACCUCGAGCUCCAUUACUCCACCCACAAAACCAUCACACUCAACCCACAAGCCCUAUACACCAAGAUAGUAACCCAGCGCCGCGGCGGCCGCUGCAUGGAAAACAACACCUUCUUCGCCACCGUGCUCCGCUCUCUGGGCUACGCCGUGCGCAACUGCGGCGGCCGUGUGUCGCGGGCCAUGAGCCCUUACCCCGAGUCGGAUUCGAUGAUGGGGGCUGGUACGUCGCCGACGUUGGCAUGGGGGCCAUGGGACCCAAUCUGGCGUAUCCACUGCAAGACGGAUUCGAAACGACGAGUAUAG